UGCGCUUUGCGGCGGCGCCGUAAAGCGGCGCGGCCGGGCGCCCUUGGCGGGAGCGGCCAUGAGCGGGAGCGGCGCGAACCGGGCCCUGGAGCUGCUGCGCUCGCUGCCCAGGGUCAGCCUGGCCAACCUAAGGCCCAACCCCGGCUCCAAAAAGCGGGAAAGAAGACGAGGCCGUGGAAGGUACGGAGGUAGGAAGUGUGGCCGAGGUCACAAAGGAGAAAGGCAGAGAGGGAAUCGGCCCCGGCUGGGCUUCGAGGGUGGCCAAACUCCAUUCUACUUGGCCAUACCAAAGUAUGGAUUUAAUGAGGGACAUAGCCUCAGACGUCAGUACCAGCCUCUGAGCCUUCAGAGGCUGCAGUACCUGAUUGAUUUGGGCAGAGUUGACCCCACGCAGCCGAUUGACUUAACUCAGCUCACUAACGCCAGAGGUGUGACAGUGCAGCCCCUCAAGAGGGACUACGGUGUCCAGCUGGUGGAGGAGGGUGCUGAUAUUUUUGCAGCAAAAGUAAAUAUUGAAGUGCAAAGGGCAUCUGAGUUAGCAAUUGCAGCCAUAGAAAAAAAUGGAGGCGUAGUAACAACAUCGUUCUAUGACCCAAGGAGCUUGGAAAUUUUGUGCAAGCCAGUAGUAUUUUUCCUGCGUGGCAAACCUAUCCCCAAGCGAAUGCUCCCACCUGAAGACCUCGUCCGUUACUACACAGAUCCCAGGAAUCGCGGCUACCUGGCAGAUCCAUCUAAGGUUGCAGAAGCCAGGCUGGAACUUGCCAAAAAAUAUGGCUAUGUCUUACCAGACAUAACUAAGGAUGAACUCUUUAAGAUGUUAAGUGCACGCAAGGAUCCUAGACAGAUAUUUUUUGGUCUUGCUCCAGGAUGGAUUGUAAACCUGGCAGACAAGAAAAUUCUGAAACCAACUGAUGAGAGUCUGUUGAAAUACUACAGCACAUGAAUUCUGGACACAAUUGCAGGUGUACAGGAAACAUCUGGACAGUAAAAUCAAGCGGAUGAAUUUUUGUUGGUGUUUGUCAACCAGCGCAGAUUUUUCCUUCAGUCAACAACCUGCCUUACCAAUUAAUAUGACCAUCUGUAAUCACAGAACAAAAUAAAACAAGUCUUCUCAUUCUGAUGAAAUAGUCUGAAAUCAAGAGAUUAAGAAUAAAAAGUCACUAAAUUUUGAAAACUUACUCUUCAACUUCUAUUGUUCCUUGUUAAUGUGUGUUAAAUGCUAUCAGUAAUGGUCAUUCCCCUGACUUGGGGUUUAAGUAUAGGUGAAACGUAGCAAAACAACAGCAAUAUAAAAUUGGACUAUGAAUAGCAGGAAUUUUGUUUUAGUGGCAUUAACAUUCAUAUUUUAUAAGGUGUCCAACACUUUUUUGGCACGUUAAGAAUAAUACUGUGUGCCAGAAAAAGUACAGUUGGUGUUAACUUGAAUGUGAAGUAAAUAACUUUCUCACUUUAGAUGUAUCCUGUUCUGCAUCCUGAUGAUUGUUGGUUUGGAACCUUAAAUGACAAGCAAUACUUUUUUUUUUUUUUCAAGUUUUUGUUAUUAAAAUAACUUUACAAUAACAAUAUUACUACUGCCUCCAUUUGGGAAGGAGUUGGAGAGGGGGAAGAGUAUUUAUUGCCUUCCCUUAUUUGUGCCAUAAUGUUUCUGUUUUUAUGAAUCAAUUCACAAUUGUAUUUUGUGGAGGUGGUGGUACUCAACAGGAAAGCUACUUAACUGGAAGUGAAGAAGGAAGUUAGUCAUAUUAGUGAAGACCAGAAGACAAAAGUGUUUAUGUAUCAUUGUGUAUUUUGGGGAGGAGAAGACGGGGGAAGGCAAGUUUGUUUCCAUUUCUGCUCUUUGUAUUAAAAUGAACAAAUUGCUCUCAGCAAGUUUUUUUCUGAAUCUACUUCUUUGAUACACACACGCGUGGGCACGCUGGUUUCUGUACGUUUCUAAAUGGUUUUCAGGUGAAAGGGUAACUUGGAUAAAAUGAUAACAGUGAAAGAAAGAAUGAAAACAGGAAACAGAUGUCUGGUGACGUUGAGGGAUUGGAUAGCACUUAUUCAGUGGACGAUGUCUUAGUCACAAGGCAGCUGUAUCCUGGCUCUGAUACUACAACGCUACAAAUACCUUGGAGCCAAAACAGCCACGUUCCACAAAAUCCGGUCAUUCUACUUUAUAGAGGUGAUCUUUUAUCAUCUUAUAGUUGGAGAGGGCAAAAAAGGGCUAUAUGUUCCUUUAUUUUAAAUAUGCAAUGCUUGCCUUUUUUUCUCUCCUGUUAACAGUAGCCAGUAUUUUGUAUCAGUUGUUUGCAUUUUUAUUUACUAGUGCAAAAAGUCACAAAGCUAUAGAGGAUUUCCUGUUCAUUUUAUCUCAUCAGGAACACAAGUCUCCUAGCAACCAAAUAUAGAAUUAUCAAAAGCACAAGUAAGUUAUUGACAAGGUUUCUAAUAAAUCCAUAAUAAACAGUGUCCCAAAGGACUGUUGUUUAUAUGUCAGGCAUACUGGUGCAAGACUAAGCCAAUGCAGGUAUCUAAAACCAUUCUUGUUACUUAGGUAUGUGGAUCGUGUUUUCACGUUCAUAAGAUAAAGGAUUGUCUUGGAUAUCCUGUUUUGACAGGGCUUUUUCAUGUGCAACAAGGUGUGACACAGCAAGAAUACCCAAUCUACUGCAGGUGGAAAAGUAUUAUAGGGUAGCUGAGGAAAAGGAACUUUUGUUUGUAUCACAAAAUGCUGAAGCCCAUGUCAAUUUUUAUCAGCAACAUCGUAUUUCUGAAUGACUACUUGAGUAAACUGAUUACUGAUGUGAGACUAAUCUAAAUAAAGGUCUGUAAACAUA